UCCCACUCAACAAGCACCUUAGUCGACAUUCACCGGAAUCUCAGGCGAAGAAGGAGGCAGAGGCAUGCAAUCGGCUACGAGACCAGCCUCAACCAAUAUCGCUUCACUUUCACUACCAGAUUGGGUAUUCCAGGAAAGGAUCUUUACAAAUGGGAAGAGCGAGCCCAUCAGGAAGGACUCAUAGAAAUGUCACAUGAGUUUCUCUGUGUUAAAAAGAAUGGCUCUUUAUACUGGUCUAGUCAGUUUUUGGCAAAAAAUGAUAGAGAUCAAUACGAGAUUUAUAAGAAUAUUAUAUGGUUCUUUGUGAGACGGAACGCCACUGACCAUGGGAAGAAAAUCCGCUCGAAACGGCCGUUGGAUCGAAUCGAUACACUUUGCAACGGGAGCGAUACACCAUCGCCUCCGUACAACGCGACUCCAAGUGAUUCCACGACAACUGAAGAAGGUAUCGAUUCUCCUCCCUCUUCACAAAGCAGCGAAUCUAGUCAAGGUUCGGCGCCGGAGUCAGCGCAGAACAAUACACUUCCGAUCUCGUAUAGCAGAAUAUACAGCCCAGAUGAGUUGGCUGAAGAGGAAAUUGAUGAACUGUUUCGCCCUGGUCCCAGUGCGCAGUCAAGACGAAUGAGUCGAAUGCAAGAUGCACGAGGCAACCUCGGGCAUACGAGACUGCAUCAACAAUCAAGCAUUGGUAUUAACCACAUUGAACGUGGAGAUAUUCCGUCGGUGCCUCUUGUUUCUACUGGCACUCAAACAGGGUUGGAAACAGAUGAAUAUCGGGAGAGAGAUGCUAACGCACCACCUCCAUCGUCCAUGAACACAAAUAAUGCCUCGCAGCAAUCUGAUCCAAAUACCAACGAAGAAUAUGAACACAGACAGGCACGCGAAUCACUCGAGUACGGACAAAAAUCGCCCAGUCCAGCCUUCGAAAUCCCACGAUGUGCUUCACCCGAGCCCAAGCCCAACAUCAAUCUAAUCUUCAGCUACGAUGCCCUCCCAGGUCUUAACAUCCGCUUAUCAUACGGCGAAGAGAUAUUCUCAUUCUCCCGCGAGCAAUUAUUCCGGGAGUUAUGCUGGCAACAUGAAUUUGAACGGCUGUUGAUCUGCCUCCAAUCCCAUGGGGUUCUUUAUCCCGAAUACAUACCCAAGGCUGACGGGAGGGAGUUUCGAAAGGUAAUGGCUAGGUUUGAGCAGAUAGUUGAUGCGAUGAAACGUGAUUAUGCUGAGGUAGAGAGAGACGCUGUGGUUGAGAUUGCUUUUGUGCCUGUGUGUAAGGGGCAUUCGAGAACUGUGAUGAUUGAAGCUUGGCUGAAACGGAUGACUGAAUCGCACGGCGUUAUGUUUUGAUGGGCAUGAACUGGACGACAUAGACUUUAUAGACAUAGACCAUUACUUUCGGAAUAUAGACCUACGGAUAUAUCA